GCGGUUAAAGAGACAUUACCACUCAUAAGUAUUCUGAUGACAUUUGUGAGUUAUAACCUAAUAUUUUUACCAAACAAUGUGAAACCGAAAAAAUGCAAACAGUACAAACGGGGGCAGAGUUUUGCUGUACGUGCUUGAAAUCUGGCAUCCAGUUAAAUAAUACUUUAGAAAUAGAUUCCAAGGACGUAGACUAUACUACGAAAUUACGAUUUUGUGUCCCAGAAGUGGAGUGGUCAGUAGGUCACAUUUGUAGACAGUGUUCAGGACAUUUAAAUCAAUGUUACGCAUUCAAGGAGCAAUGUCUAAAGUCGAACGAAAUCCUGACACAGGGUAAAUUCCAUUUCUUAACGAAUAGCACAUUAAGGAAUGAAAAGCCUCAUACUAAUGAAGACAUAGCGAGUACAAGUGAUGGCGAGUCUUAUUCCGAUAAUUUUGUGAAAGACGAACAUCUUAGUGAUGGUGAAGACUCAGAUUAUGAGGAAAAAUGUGAUAAAGUAGAAGUUACUGCGUUGCCUGAAAAUUGCCAGUAUAGUUGUAGUUUAUGUGACAAUUCAUAUACAGAUAGAAAUUUGCUAUUCCUUCAUAAAAAGAACACCCACAAAGAGGAACAUCCUUACAAUUGUUUAUACUGUGAUGAAGUUUUUAAAUAUUAUAGGGAACUGAAACGCCAUGAACCCAUACAUUCAGACCACACAGGUUUUGUCUGCGACAUCUGCAAACAAUCCUACAACACGUCAUCGAUUCUUGCCAAACAUAAAGUAAUAAAGCACACAAAACCAGACACAUGGAAGUAUGUAUGUCGUCAUUGUGACAAAAAAUACCCUUUCAAAUCAAAUUUAGACCAACACAUCAGUCGACACCAUACCAACGCUGGGGACACCUACAUUUGCUACCAUUGCAAUGAGAGCUACACCAGUAGAAUUCUACUCAUUGCUCACAUAAGAUCCAAACAUUCAACGAAAAACAUGUUACGAAUGAAAGAAUGCCAUGUUUGUCAGAAAAUGUACAUAAAUCAGGUUGUACUGGAAAAUCACAUGAGAAAGGAGCAUAACGUGGGCGCCACAAAACUCGUACGAAGGCUGAAGCAAUAUCCCUGCGAAAAAUGCGGGAAAAAGUACACAACAACGAAAAUACUGAACACUCACGCACGCGUCUGUGAUGGUAUAAAAAGGCACUUUAAUAAAUUAGCAAAAAAAAACAAGGAAAACGCUGAAGCAGACAGGCGAGAUAAAUACGGGAAAAGCAAAGAGUUGGGGAUCGUAAAACAGAAAAUUGUUUAUUUGACUUGCGAAUUUUGCGAAAAAAUCGUAGGUCCGUACAAAAGAUACGUGGCACACUGUGUAGAAGAACACAAUUCGGACCCUGAAACGCUAAAACCGUAUCUUUGCAAAGAAUGUAAAGAACGUUUCGGCACUUCCACCCUCCUGUCCAGACACCGAUUACAACACACGGGGAAAAAGGCGCAUAUUUGCAGCUUCUGCGGCAAAGGUUUCAAGACACGCAAAGACAUGCUUACCCAUGAAAAACUCCACUCCAAUAAACGAGAAGUUCAGUGCGAAUUAUGUUCGAAAAGGUUCCACACAAAGUCAUACUUACGGUCGCACAAACUCGUAGUCCACACGGACCCGAUGCGUUGGAAAUACGUGUGCCAAUAUUGUGGCAAAAGGUUUCCCAUGAAGUCAAAUUACGAUCAUCACGUACGUCGACAUACGGGGGAAAAACCAUUCGGAUGCCACUUAUGUGAAAAAAGAUUCUCGGACAAAUUCGUUCUACAGCAACAUUUCAAUUCGCAUUCGAACAUAAGGGCGUUCAAAUGCGACCACUGCGGUAAAGAAUAUAAAAGUGCAAGAGUGUUGGGUAUACAUUUGAAGAAGGCGCAUGGAAUCGGAAACUAUAAGGUCCCUAUAAGACCGAAAAAGUUCGUUUGCGAAUACUGUUCCAAGUCUUUUGCCGCCAGAGACAAAUUAAGAAGACAUAUGUGCUCGCAUACAGGCGAGAGACCGUAUGCUUGCCAUAUAUGCGAAAAACGAUUUACUGACAAAUCGUAUGUUAAACAACACCUCAAGUCCGUACAUAAUUUACUUGAAGUAAAACAAGAAUUAGAAAUUAGGAAUUGACUGAAAAAAGAGCUAUUUGGAAAAAUAAUACUCAUGUAUAUACACAAAUAGUAGGGGACAAUUGGCAACUCUUUAAUUAAGACGGUUAGACUGCCAUAUGUAUAGAUUAUUUUAAUCGAAUUAAUAAUAUAAUUAGCGAUAUUCUAUAAAACAUUCCGCAUAAAAAUUGUCGUUUAGAUGAUUAAUAAGGUAAAAUACGUUUUUUGUAUAUGUAAUUUAAAAUAAAAAUGAUUUUUAUAAGA